AAUUUCAAAUUAGGUAUGUAAUUUUUGUUUUUGACAAAAGGGAUGAAAAUGUAUUACGUGGGUGGCUGCGAUCUUACCUAGUGUAGACUAGCCCUUAUUGUAAUAUUAAAGCGAUGUAGCGAAAUGCAAUCAGUUAAGUUUAAUACGGUCUUGUUGAGUUUGUGGUACUGGUGUGGUCAUUUGUUGACAUGCCAAAGAUCUACAGUACAGUAGAUAUUUUUUUACACUUGUAUAGAUUUUACGUCACGCAUUAAAAGUAGUGUCCGACCAUAACCGAAUCACUGCCGAAACCGAAGGUUCGGUUUUGCUGUAGUUUCGACCGAAAUAUGAUUAUUAUGCCGAAACUUAAAUCGAAACUGUGGUCGCCGAUAAAGCCGUGUUUGAUAACGUAUGCGGAGUGAAAUCUGGACAAAGUUUUAAACAUGUAAAAAAUAAACAAAAAAUUGAACUGAAAUUAUAUCUAACUGCCAAUUUAAAGUCUAUAUAUCUGUCAAUUAAUUCGGUAAGUUUCAUGGGCAUUGGAUUCUUUCUCUUGAAAUUGUGGUCAAUCUAGAAGAACAACGUCGCAAAACUGUAUGUAAUUUCUCCAGUACUAUUUCCCUAUGGCUGAAAGCGAGGAUAGUGGAACAUUUUGUGGGGCGGGAAGAGGUGAUGGUAUUUUUAAAUUAUUUUGACAUCCUUUUUCUUUAAAAAAAAAAAACUACCGCUAGAAAGUGUGGCUCAGGGAAACAUUCCAGCAUUAGCUAGUUUUCUGGGAGAGAUCGAUUAAGAAAAUGAAGGCCCGCUGCGUCACAAAAUCUUACAGAGAGGUUUCAUAUGUGGCAGUAAAACUGUUUAAAAAUAUCUUGAAGACAUGGGCAUCGGCAAAUGUUCAUAAGGUCAGUGCUAAGUCUCGUGGAGACAGAACUAAAGCAGGAACGUGUGAAAAGCGUCACCCUCAGCGGCAGCGUGUCUGUCCCAGCGCGUGCUGCUCUCAUCAACGCACUGAAUGAUCCCAAGUCUGACGUCCGGAUAAUGCUCCUCUCAUUAUGCGCCGGUGGCGUCGGUCUCAAUUUGUGCGGAGCGUCCCACCUCCUCCUCCUGCACCCGCACUGGAACCCGCAGCUGGAGGAGCAGGCGCAGGACAGGAUAUAUCGCGUCGGACAGACCCGCCCCGUACAUGUAUACAGAUUCAUGUGCCUGGACACAGUGGAGCAGAGCAUCCGCAAACUCCAGGAUGGAAAACUGCAAAAGGCGGCUGCUGUCCUCUCCGGCGCCCGGCACACUAGCGCAUCCAAGCUUAGUAUAGAGGACCUUAAGAUCCUGUUUAAUAUGGGGCCGCAGUAAGUUCAAUAAUAUUGAGCAAGGUAAACAAUCCCAAGCAAUUUUGGCCCUGAACGUCACAAAAAAUGAGGAAAACAGACCUUUUAACGUAUGCUUAAGGACGGCUAGCGCACAUCGAAGACUCGAAGGUACACUCUUCAACAGUAUUAACGCAAGGAGGCGUUGAUAUAUCAACACUUCCACAUAGAACAGCAACAACGUUCACAUAAUGCUAGCUGGAGGUGCCAUCGUGCUCUCCGGUCCGGCGCGAAACACCAACUCCCACCACUCCCAGGCUUAGGCAUCAAACACCGCAAGACAACGUCAACAUUAUUAUAUUAAAAGGGCAUCAGCUCAACGAGGAUGCCAAGUGCUUCUGGCCCUGACAUAUAUAUAUAUAUAUAUUAUAAAAGUCACAAAUAGUUAUUUUAA